GUCCAACCGGUUCAACGAUCUUGCUGCCACUUCACUGUUGUUGCGUCCUCACUUAGCCUUUCAGAACCAAAAUGACCUAAGUCAGAAUACAAGUCACUCUUACGCAAGAAGGUAGACACAUUAAAUGAUUUGAUAGACCUUAUUUCGAACGACUAAGGUCUAAUAGUGGGUUACGCGAGUUAAUUUAAAAAGUUACAACGUUGUUCUUUUGGCAUUCCCACCUACACUUAGCCGGUGUUCGCAUACCGCGCUUGCUAUUGCUGGUAAUCAAACGUCACGUUCCAAUAAAUAAUUACUUUUUGUACUUUUAAUUCAAAAUGUUGUGCGUGAUAACAGUUCUCAUAGCUCUGGCGUAUAUGUUUUGGGACGUCAACUACUUCCUUCGAAUCGCUUUUACUAUUGGGAUUGGAAGGCUCUUCCAAAAGAAGUGUGGCGUAAACGAUACGUCUACAAUUUACGGUUUCUGCACAACACAAGACGUGGAUAUCUUCCUCCGACACAUGAACAACGCGCGCUACGUCCGUGAGCUGGACUUCGCACGGUUCCACUUCUAUGACCGCACGGGAAUUUACGAAAACAUAACUAAGGCCAACGGGCAUGCACUUCAGGGUGCUUCUAGCAUCCGGUACAGGAGGACCAUCCCCAUCUUCACGGCGUAUAAAGUUGAGACUAGGUUGGCAUACUGGGACGACAAGACCCUCUUCAUCGAGCAAAAGUUCAUCACCCUGAGCGACGGUUUCGUGCGAGCCAUCGUGCUAUCCCGACAGAAUCUCAUCGACGUUAACGCCGAAACCCUCUUCAAGGGCAUCCCUGGCGCCGAGCAGAAACCGACCUGCCCUGAGGAAAUCACGCAUUGGCUGCAGUCGAUUGAGAUCUCGAGCGCAAAGUUGAGGAAGAAGGAUUAAGUAAAUGGUAUAGCGGUGUUACUUAUUUAAUUUAAUACAUUUUGUAAGAGUUUUUUAAA